UACAUUCUUCCAGCUCUCGUUCACAACAUCGUCGCAUCGUCGCCGUUUAGUGUUUUGCAUCUGUGUCUGUUUUCGCAGCCAAUUUAUGGCUGCACAGUUUUCAACUCGGCGCAAUUUGUUUUUAACCAUUGGUAAUCAUUGACGCAAAUUCUGGCGGCAGAAUUAAAGAAGGGAGUGCAGAUUGCAAUCAGAUUAGUAAAUUAUUAUAACAAUAACAAGUGGUGCAUUUGUAUGCAAAAGUCUGUAUGUAUAUUGUUUUUGUGAGCACCGCGAAAUGCUCUUAUCAGAAACAGCAUAGCAAACAAAUGACAAAGCGAGUGUACAUAUUGGUAUAGUAUGUAUGUAUGUAAAUGAAAACCGGAGUACUGUAAAACAAUAGCAACCAAUUGUGCGGUCGAGAGUGUGGUCAUUUUUUAUAUUAUUUGUGCAUAUACUUACAUAUGUAUGUAUGCAAGUAUUAGAUUUGGUAGCGGUUACUUAUAUGUGUUGUUUAUUAUUGGUUAAUGGCUUUACAUUUGCAAAGCAGAUUAUUUAUGAAAGUCUAAAUCUGCAACUACUUGGAUUGAUUUGAAUAUAAAUAAGAGGAAAAAGGAGAGGAAUUGGACUGAACGAGAGAGCUUGUGUUUAUAUUGUACAUACUUGUAGAAGCGGCUGCUCAAAAGCGAAAACACCAAUAAAAUAUCCGAAGUGCAAGGCCUCAAAAAGAUAUUUGUAAAUGAGCAUUAAAAGUGAGUGCAAAAGGCACAAAUAAUAUUAAAAAAUACACAUUUACUCCUACAGAUGUUUUAAUAUCACCAUAUAAUAGAAGAUGUAAAUUAUUGGAGAAACUUGAAGUAUCAGCUAAAACAGCAAUACCAGCAAAAGUGAAAAGCCGAGACAGGAGCGAAGAAAGUCAUCCCUCCACUCGUCUUCCUGCCCACCUGGCAUUCAAAACACCCGCAUGCCCUUUAUGCUUAUGUAGUUCGUUAGUCGCAAAGCUGAUUGCUCGGUUCUCGCCCACCCCCUCCCCAGGUUGGAUAGCCGGCUCGGCUACCUCUCUGGUACAUUGCGUUGUAUGUUGUUGGAGCAAAUAAGCAGAAAAAGCAACUGAGUGCAGGAGGGGAGCUGCAAAGUCGUCUUUGCUGUCGCAGCUGCUGCCACCGCCAUUCGCUCUGCUACCAGUGGGAAUAAACGAGAAAUUGCGUUUUAUCGCUUGUGCUGAUGAAAUGUGCUUGUUUUCAGAAAUUUCCAAAACUCGAAAAUUGUCAAAAAGGUGUUUUAACAAUUGGAAUGAAACUAUGAGAAAUUAUGAUAAAAAACGCAGUUACAUAUGUUCAUGUUUUUAAUUAAAAAUCACAAAUUAAAUCUGGAAUGUACCUGUUAUAUACAUAUGUAUAUUGAUAAAGAAAUUUGAGAAAAUGUCGCGCGUCUUUAAUGUACCAUACAUAGUUUAUGUACAUGUUUAAUGUUAUGAAAAUGUUGGCACACUUAAGAAACUUAUGAAAAUGCUUUAAUAAAAACGCAACGCGAAGAUUUAACAAUAAUAGUGAAACAAAUUUGAAAGCGAUUAUUAUAAUCAUCAUAAAGUUACAAUGCCUUCUUCAAAUGAAAGAAAAUAAAAAAAAGUUUGUAAAAUGUUUUGUGAAAAACUCUAAAAUUGUAUCAAACAAAUAAGUGAAUUAACUUUUAACGGUGUAAAUGAAAAACUGACAACAAUUAAACUUCAAAAUUGGCUCCUUGACAUUCUGUGUAGGAUUAUCCCUCAAUCACAGAAGCAAUCGAUAAGGUAAGCUGAGACGAAAAUUAUACGGAUUAACUCUGCUAUUGGAAAAAUAAAGGCCUCAAGCUGACGCCGACACCGACAAAGAUGUCCACGGAGCGUGAGCUUGCUCCAGGAGGACCAGCACAGCUCCAUACACUACCCGUGGCUUACUCGGAUCUCGGCGCUACACUGCAACUGAACACAGCUGUUCGAAUAAUUGGCAAAGUGUAUGAGUCACAGUGGACACCUUCGCCACCGAGGCCUCAAAGCCCUUCUCAAUCGCAAACCAACUACGAUCCACACACAUCACCACCAGCUACCGGUUCAUCAGUGAAUCCCACCGCCGUGACCAGUCCGAGUGCGCAAAAUGUGGCCGUUGGGGGCGCAACUGUGGGGGGCGCUGGCGCUACAGGUCACUCCACACAAGCGGCUGCAGUCGCCUCACCCUUGGGAGCGGCAGCGGCUACUUCGCCUACCACCCAACCUGAACUGCCAGUAUUCACGUGCCCCCGUCGGCCAAAUUUGGGUCGAGAAGGUCGACCGAUUGUUUUGCGCGCCAACCAUUUUCAGGUGUCUAUGCCGCGCGGCUAUGUACAUCACUAUGAUAUCAACAUUCAGCCGGAUAAGUGUCCGCGGAAAGUGAAUCGUGAAAUUAUCGAGACCAUGGUGCAUGCGUAUAGCAAGAUAUUUGGAGUUUUGAAGCCAGUAUUUGACGGGCGCAAUAAUUUGUAUACACGUGACCCGCUUCCCAUAGGCAACGAUCGACUGGAAUUGGAGGUAACACUUCCAGGCGAGGGAAAAGAUCGUAUUUUCCGCGUAACCAUCAAAUGGAUGGCGCAAGUAUCGCUUUUCAAUCUAGAGGAAGCCUUGGAAGGACGCACGCGCCAAAUACCGUACGAUGCAAUACUUGCUUUAGAUGUGGUUAUGCGGCAUUUACCGAGCAUGACAUACACGCCUGUGGGUCGCAGUUUCUUCAGCUCACCCGAUGGUUAUUACCAUCCACUGGGUGGCGGCCGUGAAGUUUGGUUUGGUUUCCAUCAAAGCGUACGUCCCUCGCAAUGGAAAAUGAUGCUAAACAUUGAUGUUUCGGCCACGGCUUUUUAUAAAGCGCAGCCAGUUAUUGAUUUUAUGUGUGAAGUACUUGAUAUCCGAGAUAUUAAUGAGCAAAGGAAACCACUCACCGAUUCGCAGCGUGUAAAAUUCACCAAAGAAAUUAAAGGAUUGAAAAUAGAAAUCACCCACUGUGGAGCUAUGCGUCGCAAAUAUCGUGUCUGCAAUGUAACACGUCGUCCAGCACAAAUGCAAUCAUUUCCACUUCAACUUGAAAAUGGCCAGACUGUGGAGUGUACCGUGGCCAAAUACUUCUUGGAUAAAUACCGCAUGAAACUGCGAUAUCCCCAUUUGCCCUGUCUACAAGUGGGGCAGGAACAUAAGCACACUUACUUGCCUCUAGAAGUAUGUAAUAUAGUCGCCGGUCAACGUUGUAUCAAAAAACUGACUGACAUGCAGACAUCGACGAUGAUUAAAGCUACGGCUCGUUCAGCACCCGAUCGUGAACGUGAAAUCAAUAACUUGGUUAAGCGUGCGGAUUUCAACAACGAUUCUUAUGUUCAAGAAUUCGGUUUAACUAUUUCUAACUCUAUGAUGGAAGUGCGAGGACGUGUGUUACCACCACCCAAACUGCAAUAUGGGGGACGGGUAUCAAGUAUGACCGGCCAACAACUUUUCCCACCCCAGAAUAAGGUCAGUUUGGCUUCCCCAAAUCAAGGUGUCUGGGACAUGCGUGGAAAGCAGUUCUUCACUGGUGUGGAAAUUCGCGUAUGGGCAAUUGCUUGUUUUGCACCUCAAAGAACCGUGCGUGAAGAUGCUUUGCGUAAUUUUACGCAGCAAUUACAAAAAAUUUCGAAUGAUGCCGGCAUGCCCAUAAUUGGACAACCUUGUUUUUGUAAAUACGCGACUGGCCCAGAUCAGGUGGAACCUAUGUUCAGAUAUCUGAAGAAUUCAUUUAACGCACUGCAAUUGGUGGUGGUGGUGCUACCCGGAAAAACACCAGUCUAUGCUGAGGUAAAACGUGUUGGCGACACCGUGUUGGGUAUGGCCACACAAUGCGUACAGGCAAAAAAUGUUAAUAAGACAUCGCCGCAGACCUUGUCGAACCUUUGUCUGAAAAUUAAUGUGAAAUUAGGAGGAAUAAAUUCCAUAUUGGUACCUUCAAUUCGUCCGAAGGUCUUCAACGAACCCGUUAUUUUCUUAGGCGCAGACGUGACUCAUCCUCCAGCCGGUGAUAAUAAGAAGCCCUCUAUUGCAGCGGUUGUUGGCUCAAUGGAUGCUCAUCCGUCACGCUAUGCGGCCACAGUACGAGUACAGCAGCAUCGCCAAGAAAUUAUACAGGAAUUAAGUAGUAUGGUCCGCGAACUAUUGAUUAUGUUUUAUAAAUCUACUGGCGGUUAUAAGCCUCAUCGUAUCAUUUUGUAUCGCGACGGCGUCUCAGAAGGGCAAUUCCCUCACGUAUUGCAACAUGAGUUGACUGCUAUACGUGAGGCAUGUAUCAAACUGGAAGCAGAAUACCGCCCUGGUAUAACAUUUAUUGUUGUACAAAAAAGGCAUCAUACUCGCCUCUUCUGUGCUGAGAAAAAGGAACAGAGUGGAAAAUCUGGAAAUAUACCAGCUGGUACCACAGUCGAUGUUGGUAUUACACAUCCAACCGAGUUUGAUUUCUAUCUAUGUAGCCACCAAGGAAUACAAGGUACAAGUCGGCCUUCACAUUAUCACGUUUUAUGGGAUGACAAUCACUUUGAUUCCGAUGAACUACAGUGCUUAACAUAUCAACUGUGUCACACCUAUGUGAGAUGUACACGCUCCGUGUCGAUACCAGCACCGGCUUACUACGCUCAUCUUGUGGCAUUCAGAGCCAGAUACCAUUUAGUUGAAAAGGAACAUGAUUCAGGCGAAGGAUCUCAUCAAAGCGGUUGCUCAGAAGAUCGCACACCUGGUGCGAUGGCGCGCGCAAUAACGGUACAUGCGGACACAAAGAAAGUCAUGUACUUUGCUUAAAUCCAUUUUACAAACAUUCUUAUGUUAUAUCAUUAACACAAAAGUUUAGAUUUUCCAGCCAGUAAAAUAUUGCUGGAUCUCAUUACGCAUUUCCAAUUCAAUUUGUACUUUCUUCAAAAAUUUUGGUCUGUGUUGUUUGGUACAUUUGAAUCAGAGAUCAUAUUAUAAAGAAUAAGAUCAAUUCUAAGCAACUAAAAAAACCACUAAAACGAAAUGGAGAAUACGGAUAGCGCUCAAAAUACCUAAAUGAAUCCAAUCAACAUUUUACUGGUUUAAGUAUCUAGAAUUGCAUCAAGGCAGUCUUAAGUAAUGUGAAUCUUCAGAAAAAAGGUAAAAAUUAACCAAAAAUGACUUUUAACAUGGAACUCAAGCCAUGCCUAAGCUAUUAAAUUACAUCUUAAAUUGUAAUAAGCUUUUAGUAAGUUUAAGCUUCUUCCAUAUUUGUUAUAUUUGCUACAAAGUAAUUCCUACUAAUUUAUUUUUAAAUCUCCAAUAGAAAAAAGGAUAAGUAUAAAAGUGUUAAAAAAUCAUUUCGGAUUUAUGUGAAAUAUAUUCAUAUUAAUAAUACGAUCCGCAAAUAUGAAAAAUUCAAUUGCCACUUAUGGUAUGCUUACUAUGUACUCGAAUGUGUAGCACAAAUACGAACUGAUUGCUUACAUACCAGGAUUUGAUUUUCGAAUUGUGUUAUACAAUAUUUAUAUAUAUAUUUUCAUAGAUUGAGCAAUGUUUUAAUUUCACUCUUGUUAUCUUAUUUUUUGAAAACGUGCAUCCCCAUAAAAAGAGUACAUUUAUAUCUGAGGGAUAUGCAGAUGUACAUUUUUUAUUAAACACGUAGAAUAUCGCUAAUUGACUCAACUAAGAAUCAACUACAAAAUCAUAUUGCGCUCUACACAAAAUAAACAUGGUGGGAUGGAAAAAAAACUGUACACAAAUGUAUACAUAAAUGUCAGCGUCAUUACUUAAUUUUGUAUUGCCAAACCGCAUAUUUUAUUACUACAAUGAUGAAAACAACGUGAAAUAUGUCAAAUGCUAAUGUUAAAAAUUAGAUUUGGCUUAAGAUAUUCGUACGCGCCUACUUGUGGACUAGUUAAUAUGUAAAGACCCCCCAAUCUGAAGGGAGUAAAUUCUUAAUUUAAUAACUAUUUAAAGUACCAAAUAUAGUUGUCAGACUUUGGUCUAUAUGCCCUAGUAGGUUUGUACUCUCAAGUGCAUCAGUCGCAUUUCUUUUGCUUUCAACUCUGACAGACAUACACACUAUGUACUUCUUAUAAAUAUAUUAAUAAGACAAUAGCGCUGAUGGA